AUGACUUCCAAUGAACCUAUCACUAUCCCUAUCCAGGGCCCUUCGCGACUUGGCGCCUCGACUUACUUUGAGAAAGUUGCAUCGACAAGCGGACAUCGAGAGACCCAGGAACCCGAAUCUAAGCUUCUGAAGGCCCUCAAGCUUGUUCUCAAGGGAUCAUCAGCGGUAGAAUCCGAUCGGUUCUAUACCACUUCGUAUAUGGUUACCACCCCACCAUUUGCAGAGGAGCAGCUAAGUUGGAAUCUGAAUACUGUAGUACUGAGCUCUGGCGGUAUCAUCCAGAAGAGGUGGACUUUCCAUGAAGAUGAUCAGGCUGUACAAUGGGCUUGUCUCGGUUGGUUGGCCCAACCACCAAAGACGAAGAUACCUCCAUCAGGCCCUGCACAUUUUACGGCAGCUACUGCUACUACCCCACCCGAUCCCGACGAGCCGAAGAAACCCAUCUUCGGGCCAUACCAUCUCGCUCGAGAAAAGAAGAGGGAAGUAAUGGAGCCAGCGCAGAACGUGCGGGGUGUUUUCGUGUUCUUCCGAACCAUGGGAAAGAUAUUCCUCACUAACGGGACAGAAUACACCUUCCCUCUUCCUUUUGUGACGCGCAGAGCAUGGCCAGUGGCUCCACACGGCGUCCUCAUCCAAAGAAGCGUCGACCGUACCGAACUCGCGGAGGCAGAGGCGAGUGGAGAGCCCAUCCUUCCGACCAUCUUCUCCUUAGUCAAUCCCCUGGGUGAAGCUACGCCAGUGGGCGUGACAUCUGGUAUUAUCGGAGGGUUCCAUCGGGUGCCAGUGUCGCUGAAAGACGAACAGGAGAACUUUGAGAAACCGCAGAGGUCCAUUAAUUCGAAGGAAAUCGUCGUCGGCGUGCCGCAGCGCGUGACGGAGUCCGAGGAGGAUGUCAUCGUAACAUACAGCCCUGAGGACCGCCGCAUAACCAUUUGGCGGUACGCCUAUCUGGAGAUUAAGGAUACGCCUGUUCCUCUGCAAGUCAAGGACCGCAAAGGUAAAGGUAAAAGCCCUGACACUACUCAGACUCAGGAAGCGGACUCUGGUCUACAGAACCCCGGCGAGCAAAAGACCCUGGGGUCUGCCUCAACCAUGGCGGACAUCAUGGCUGCCAUCUCUUCUCAGAAGGCAGAACCGCCGAAGCCGAAAGAACCUGAACGUAAACCGAAACCGAAACCGAAGAACAAACCCAAACCUAGGCCUGCUGAGAAUACCCCUGCUAACGAUACCGGUACUCCCACCAAACCUCCAGUGGUGGCGAAAAUGGAAGAUGAGGAAUGGAAGAAAAAGGUGCUGGACCGUGCACUCUCGAGCGGUCCGAGAGCUGAUUACGACGCCAUUCCCCCUAUGCACGGUCGGGGCACUACGCCCUACUGGGCGGAGAAAUUGUAUAUGGAGCACAUUCCCGGAUCGACUGAACUGAACUGGUCGAACGUCACCGUCUCCAUCUUUGAUCAGCGCUUCGACGGCCGAUGUGAACGUUCCUUGGUCGCCAUCUGCAUACCGGAUACUGAGGACGUCCUCAUUUUUUCUCUCACGAAAGUCCAUGAUCCUCACAGGGUCAUAGCACGGCUUCACUUCCGCACUAAGGGAAUCUCGAUUGCUUCGAUCCUUGCCACUCGGGCGGAAGUAUUGGAUCUCUUAGUGUUGAAGUCCGACAAUCAACUUACGCUUCUUACUCAUGGCGUUCACGAAGUCGCUAUACGCGUAACGGAUCCUCUGUUCGAUAACUUAGCUAUGAAUAUGUCACCGCCACCUGGUCCUCCGAGUGCCCCUCCCGGCCGGAAGAUCGUCUCCCUUCGUGAUAGCGUAAUAUCGUCGGUAGAGCUUCUAUUCGACGACCAAUCUGCAGCUCGUGUCACCAUUCGAUUAUAUCCUAACGACACUUUAACAAAGCUAUGUUUAAAGACGCUGACGCUCACUCUUCCUGUGGACUAUACGUUCGCCCUACACAGACGCUUCUUGCAGAAUUGGUCGACUCGCGGAUUCAGUAGUUCGGAUGACACUGAAUUCGAGUGUUUUGUCGAGGCGCUAUUCGUCACCUUCGGGAUGGAAGUCACGAAGCCAGAAGCUAUGCAAACCACUGCUUGGGAUGCGCUGCUGCAGUCAUCAACGCAUGCAAGUUUCCGGGAGGAUCCAGUCAUGCGCAUACUUCGACCGCCGGCAAUCCAUAACCCUGGUAAAUCUCACAUCACUGUGAAGGAAGCGCACAUACUUCUUGCCCCGAUUCUCAAUGGCUUGCAUCACCUUGGAGAAGAGUUACGACUUGAUGUUACUCUGCACGCAUCUCUGAUCAAGCUGGUUCCGGUGAUUUGUUGCAUCGCGGAAGUCAUAAGACCGGAAUGGGCGGACUAUUGGAGGCGAUUGUGCCCCACUACCUCGGAGUACCCGGUAGAGCACCCUGAUCCUAAACCCAUUGAUGAUCGUCUACCCGUAUGGCCAUCGGACAUGACUGCCAUUCUUUAUGGCCGCAUCCAUAGGCCGGACUGGAAGGUGCAGGAGUUUAAAGGUUACCAACUUGCCGUGCCCUUCAACAUCGCACCUGCAUAUAUCUAUGGCCAGGUCGACCCUCUAAUGCGCCUACGCCGGCUCACUUCGCUGUACAUGUGUCUAGCGGACGAUCAGAUGCCCAAUAGCCGUAUACGGGCAGAGAACGCGAUGUCGCUUUUGGUGUCGUGGCAGUCUGGGAAGAAUUACACUGCUCGCCUCCCGCUUGGCGUCGCAUCUCCUCUGGAAGAGGCAGCUCGCAGUUGCCAGCUAUCCCCUCCAAAGGAUUGGCCUGCUCACGGAUAUCGCUUGAUCGGUCGAAACGAUUUGGCCGAACAGCAGAGUAGUUCCAGGGAUGCUUUAUCCAAGAAUGCGUAUAAACCACCGAAAUACUACUUGGACCGUGCUCUCCCGCGGAAGACAUACUCUGAAGUCGAGAAGGCAACGCUGGCGGCGGUGAAGGGCGAGACGCAGGCUGUGACCGGCGUUGAGCUCGAUUUGGAAGACUUCACCGAUGUCCGCUUUGGCAACGAUCGCAGGCUCGAGGAAGUAGCUCACAUGCUUAACACUUCCAAAGUAACUCUCAUCAAGGUGCUCGAGCGACCAGACUUCAGUGACUAUGACCGAACUAAAGAGUGCCAACACCAAGUCGGUCGCGUCGGCGAACGAAUAUUAGCUACGCCAUGCGGACGAGCGAUAUUCACGUACGCCUCGUCGAACGAAGCCAAAUAUGUUAUCCCAAAAAUGGAGUAUACCGUCCGUGUCCUCCCAGAUAAUACUGUCUUUAGCGACAUUCCAAAUAAGGUGGCGCCGGAGUGUGGUGCCUGGGCUGACUUCCACAACGGCGUGGCUGCUGCCUUGCGCAUCUCCCCAACGUGCACUUCCAUCGAUAGUUCCUGGAUUGCUUCCAACAGGCCGUCCAUCCCCAAUCCUGAACAUGGAGGAUUUUUGCUGGGCUUGGGUCUCAACGGCCACCUAACACAUGUGAAGACAUGGGAUCUCUUUAGCUAUCUUACGCCGAAGCAUGAACAUACCAGUAUUGGGAUGCUGCUUGGUCUAUGCGCUUCUCAUGUAGGUACCGGGAAUGAACAGAUCACCAAAAUCCUUUCCUUGCACGCCCCUAGUCUUCUCAUCCCUAACACAGAGGAGAUGAACGUACCUCUACCACUUCAGACUGCUGGCGUGGCUGGACUAGGCUUGCUGUACUUGGGGACCGCACACAGGCACAGUGCUGAUGUUUGCUUGGAACUCAUCGGUUCGCGGGAUAAGUCCCAGGCGAACCUCAGCAGCGAACAUCGGGAGUCCUUUACGCUGGCGGCCGGUAUGUCGUUCGGUAUGAUCAUGCUGGGGAAAGGAUCGACUAUACCAGCGGACAUAAAGUACCUCGAACGACUACAGGCCUAUAUACGCGGAGAACACGGGGCGGCCGCGAUGAAUCCUUCGUCUGAAGGAUCCCCUAUUGUCAACCUGACGGCGGCUCCCGCUACAAUCGCCUUGGGACUGACAUACCUGAAAACCGGGCGUCAGGACAUCGCGGAUAUCAUACGGAUUCCAGAUACCGUUCUAGACCUGAGGCAGACCCCUCCUAGCUUGCUAGUGAUACGAACUAUAGCAAGAUGCUUGAUUAUGUGGAACAAUAUUGAGCCCAGCCAAGAGUGGGUUUCAGCCCAGAUUCCCGUUUCUAUCAUCAAGGGUAUGCAUAACAGGUCGCAACUGAAACGAGUGGACGAGUCCGUUGAACUGGCCUACUACAACAUAUUGGCUGGUUGUUGCUUCGCAGUAGCGCUCAAAUUCGCCGGCACUGCUCGGGAGCAAGCAUAUGGUUUCAUCGCCACAUACUACGACCUCUUCACCCGUAAUGCGAUACCGAUGUCGCACGCAUACCAGUAUAGGAUCAGGAAAUCUACUCUGCGUGAUGGCUUGAACCUGAUUUCCAUCUCUCUCGGCAUGGUCCUGGCUGGUACUGGCGAGGUAAACUGUAUGCGCAGGUUACGACACGCAUAUGGUGUACUUCCUGGACAAGUGCGUUACGCGUCAUAUGUGGCUACGACUCAAGCUCUGGGGCUUCUCUUCCUAGGGGGCGGUCGAUACACCCUAGGCACCUCGGAUGCUGCUAUAGCCUGUAUGGUCGCGGCCUUUUACCCGAGGUAUCCAGCAGGAUCCCACGACAACAAGAGUUACAUGCAAGCUAUGCGACAUUUAUGGGCGCUAGCGGCGGAGCCUAGAUGUCUAAUACCGCGAGAUGUGGACACUCGAGAAGUGGUCUACAUGCCGAUCAAGGUGAAAGUGAAGGACAGGGACAGCCGAAACACAAAAGGCGAAGCCAUUGCUUCAUUGAUAGCCCCUACGCUGAUUCCGGACCUGGACGAAGUGCUUUCCGUACGAGUCGACACGCCCCGGUAUUGGCCCUUCAACAUGGAUCUGACCUCAAAUGGAAAGGGACUAGUGCACCGCGAGGCAUUACUUCGUGAUCAGACGCUGUAUGUCAAGAGACGCACAGCGUUCCUCAGUUACACGGAGGACCCGAAAGGCAGCAGGAGUUUAUUUGUUCGUUCUGGCUCUACGACCGCCGAUGCAGGGACGCUUGACUUUCCGAAGCUGUCCAACGUGGGGACGCAUCCGUCGAGCGACUUGAGCCAGAUCAUUACCUCAUAUUCCAAUGACGUGCUCUUUCUAGCCUUUGCAGACCAUUUCUGUCGCGAUGAGGGUGAUACGCCGGAAGAACAAUUGUUCACCCGGUACUGCCGUGCUGCCCUGAUGGACGGCAUCCUUCAAGACAAACCCAAUGGGAUGCAGUCGCAUCUGACCUUGUACCACUAUCGGACGAUGUCGCAUCAAUCGCAGUUCUUCAGCCUCUGGCUGCAAGACCUGACAUUCGUCACCAAUUUUUACGGCAAGGUCUUUGAUCGCUGGUUCAGUGGACGGAGCGAGAACAACGCGCGACCUCCGCUAUUGCGGGAGAGCACGACCUCUGGCGCGAUGUACGAACUCGACGGUCGGCUGGAGACUGUCCGCGGGGACCCCGCGUUCAUGCAGGUUCUUACCCGGUACGCGCAGGGCGAGGACGUCUGGGCGGGGCUGGACGCGGAGGCGCGCGCGAAGCUGGCGUGGUACCUCCUGCGGAGCUGCGUGCCUGUGUCGAGCGUGCUGGUGACGCUGAAGCAGUUCGCGCGCGCGGCGCACGAGACGUGUGCCGGGCGGCCGUGGCCCGAGGGCACUGACGACGUGGUGCUGCUGGACGAGGGGAUCAAGCAGGUGCUGUACGCCGCAGGCUCGGGGAUCACGUACUCGUACGGGUCUGUGUGGGCCACGAGGAGCCUGGACGAGGUUGUGAGGUGUUGGCAGGCCUAA